AUGCCGCCGAAGCGCAAAAACAAAGACGUUUCCGCGUCUCCAACCAGGCAACCAGCGCCUCGAAAACGGUCGAGCCCAACAAUCGAGCAGCACCUGAUGGACCAAAACAAAAAGUCUAAAGAGUUCAUCCAGGGUUUCAAAGAACAAGUCGCUCAAGGCCGAGCGCAAACUGAAGCCACGUUGUCGAGACUCAAGCAAGACUUAGCCAAACCUCCGGACGCCGCUAGCGGUAACCUCGCAGAUAUCUACGCCACGCUGCAGACCGCGGCGACCCAGACGACGCUCUCCACAAAAGACAACCCCCUCUUCGAGCAGACCCAGCACCUACUACGCCUCAGCCACGCGAUACUCGACUGCCAUCGGACGGUUGAGAAGGAUUCGCGCACGCAGGAGCUAGUGUCGCCGCGCGAGAUGUGGGAGCAGGACGAGGAGGGCAUGCGGAAGCUGCUGGGGUAUGGGAAGGUGUUUGGCGAGAAGGUUGUUGAAGGGUGGAUCACGCCACAUAGUGAGAAAGAGGGAGAGGAUGAUGAAGAGAGUGAUGUCGAGGAUGGGGAUGGCGCGAGCGAAGCAGAAAACUUGGCGAAGGGGUUGUUUGAGUGGAAGAGGAAGGGCUGGGGGCUGCUAAAGGGGGGAGAAAGCUGGGGGGUUGCAGCAAGGAAACAGAUGGUUGCGCUGGCGGGCGUCGUGAGGACGUUGCCUUCAAAAGAGGGAUGA